AUGUCUUCCGAAAUCGACAACCUCGUCGACAUGGGCUUCGACCGUGAGAAGGCUGCCCUCGCCAUGAAGAAGGCAGGCAACCUGGGAGCCGCCGUCGAUUGGCUUAGCAACAACGCCGACAAGUCUAUCGAGGAACUCAAGGAGAAUGAAGGCGAAGAGGAAUCGCCCCUGUCACUGCAGCCUGGUGAGCUAGCCAGAAGUCUGCUCUGUAAGGACUGUGGCAAGAAGUUCAGAUCCACCGCUCAAGCAGAGUUCCACGCCAACAAGACUGAGCACCAGAACUUCGAAGAGUCCACAGAAGAGAUUGCUCCCUUGACCGAGGAGGAAAAGGCAGCUAGGCUUGUAGAGCUGCGCGAAAAGCUUGCCGCCAAACGUGCCGGCCAGUCAGAACAGGACAAGCAGGACAAGAUUCGCAACGAUCAAAUCCGUCGCAAAGCAACAAAGGAGCAACAGGACAUCAAGGAGGACUUGGCCAAGAAAGAACAAAUCAAGGAAGCCGAAGCCAAGAGGCGUGAGAAGCAGGCUGAUGUCGAGGCAAAGAAGCGUAUCCAGGCAAAGAUUGCCGCAGACAAGGAGGAGCGUCGCCUGAAGUCCGAGAGAGAAAAGGCUGCUCGUGCUGGUCAACCUGUUGUCGCUGCCGAGCCUACACCUGCUGCAAAGCCCACCCUACCGAAAACGGCCGGGAACUACACAGAGGCAAGACUGCGACUUCAAACUUCCGCUGGAACUGUCCAAAGGACUUUCCCUGUCGAAACAACUCUCUUCGAGGUUGCCCAGGCUCUUGGCCAGGAGCCCGGUGUGCAAGUCACCGAAUUCGUCCAGAACUACCCCAAGAAGGUCUACGACAGCUCGGACUUCGGUCAAACCCUCAAGGAGGCGGGUCUUGUACCCAGCGCUGCUCUGGUUGUUAGAUAA